CUCCAAAUAGAAUAGACUUAUAUUACUAUCAUUUUUACACAGAUUGGAAUAUGGAUGAUGAUUAUAAUAAGUUAUAUUGGGAUUGUGAUGUAGAAAAAUGUGAAUAUUGGGAUCUUGAUGUUGAAUUUGCUGCUAGUACAAUAAUAGAAGAGACAGAUGUAUGUGAUGAAUGUAAUCAACCUUCUAUUUGGCAAGAUGGACAAAUUAGAGGUUGGGAUACAGAUGAUCAAAAAUGGAUUCGUGGAGGAUGUCAGAGUGUUGCAUUAAAAACAAUAAAUAAUCCAAUAGAUUCAAUUUCAAAUCUUUUGAAAGAAAUCGAAUCAAAUAUUCAGGUAGUUGAUGAUCCACAUUUUAUCAAAUGUUUAGGUAUUACUCAAGAUUCUAAAACACAUAAUUAUAUGAUAGUAAUGGAAUAUGCAACAUCAGGUAGUCUUCGUUCAUAUAUGAAUGCUAAUAAUAUGGAUGCAAAUAAAAAAGGUCAGAUAUUAUGGUCAAUUAGUAAAGGACUUUAUCAUUUACAUGAGAAAAAUUUAAUUCAUCAAGAUUUUCAUCCAGGAAAUCUUUUGCUUAUUAAUGGAUGUUUAAGUAUUUCAGAUUUUGGUUUAUGCAAACAAGAAAAUCAAAAAUCAAAAUCAAAAACUGAAAAAAUUUUUGGAGUUUUACCUUAU